GCCAUCUACAUAAUUGAUUUCACCUUUCACAAUUCUCUCUCUCUCUCUCACUCAGCUCCUCUUCUUUUUCUUCUUUGCUUGCUUGUUUGUGUGUCUGUGAUAAUUCACAUUCACAUUCACCUUCUCUGCUGUGACAACGUUCUAAAAGCUAUGGCAGGGAAGAACAGGCAAAACAAGAAGAUGGGAAUGGGAAAUGAAUUUGGUUGUGGAUUCAUGGGUGGAAUUAUCCAUCUUAAAAGCUAUUGGUUGAAAAAGUCUUCUGUUCAUUCACUUCCCAUGAAAGCUAGCAACAUAUAUAAUGCAUCAAAGAAGUCUCAGAACACAGAAGAACCAAAGGUUAGAACAAGGAGAAACUCCACUGACACCGUAAUCACACAAAAGCUGAGUAUCUCAGACCAAAAACCUUGCGCAAAAAGUACCAUUGUGCUUCAAAGUAGAAGACUAUCAGAUGCAGCAAGAAUCUCAACAUCCACAUCGGCAUCAACGUCGACAUUAUCGAAUGACGACAGCAAACUGCAGCUGGCAAAGAUAAAUGAGAGAAACAACAAGUCUCCGGCCACGGCGCAACUGGCCGGGAACUUGCUUGUAAAUAAUAACACUCCAAGAGCAAAGAGCCUCCGGGAGUGUGGGCCUAAGAGCAAAACAGAGUGGAACUCCUCGUCCGGAAAAGCUUUGAUGGGUAACAUAAUGAGGAAGAACAGCUGCGGCGGCGAUGAGUUUGCGAGGAACAAGAAGGUGGUGGACCCGGAGGUGUUGAAGAAGAUGGGAAACGAUGCGUAUAAGGGAGGAAGGUUUGAAGAGGCUGUGGCGUUGUAUGACAGAGCAAUUGCUUUGGAUUCAAGUAAGGCAACUUAUCAUUGCAACAAGAGUGCUGCUUUGAUUGGCUUAAGAAGAUUUCAAGAAGCAGUUGCUGAGUGUGAGGAAUCUGUUAGGUUGGAGCCUUCGUAUACCAGAGCUCAUAACCGUUUGGCAACAAUAUAUUUCAGAUUGGGAGAAGCAGAGAAAGCCCUCGAUUGCAAUCAGUUAACCCCAGAUACUGAUUCUGCACUGGCUUUCCAAACUCAGACUCUUCAGAACCACCUUAACAAAUGCAAUGAAGCUCGGAAAUUUAAUGAAUGGGGUGUUGUACUAAAGGAAACACAGUCAGCAAUAUCCUUAGGGGUUGAUUCAUCUCCACAGGUCUAUGCUUUGCAAACUGAAGCCUUGUUGAAGCUCCUAAGAUAUCAAGAGGCACAAGUCACCUAUGAGAAAAUGCCAAAAUUCUCACCUGAUUGGUGCAACAAGAUAUUUGGCUUUGCUCGCAGUUCCUACCAGUUCAUGAUCGCCGCACAGGUUUACUUGGCAGCUGGCAGGUUUGAGGAUGCCGUUGCGGCAGCUCAGAAAGCAGCUAAGGUGGAUCCAAGCAACAGAGAGGCGAAUGCAAUGUUAAGGAAGGCCAGAGCAGUAACAUCAGCAAGAAUGAGUGGAAACUUACUCUUCAAGGCAUCGAAGUUUGUGGAAGCAAGCGCAGUGUACAACGAAGGACUAGAUCAUAAUCCGCACAACUCAGUCCUGCUAUGCAACAGAGCAGCGUGUCGUUCCAAGCUCGGCCAAUUCGAGAAAGCUAUUGAAGAUUGCAAUGCCGCACUCAUAGUCCAGCCUUCCUACAGCAAAGCAAGGUUAAGGAGGGCAGACUGCAAUGCCAAGUUGCAAAGAUGGGAAGUUGCCAUUCAAGACUAUGAAAUGCUAUUAAGGGAGAAGCCAGGGGAUGAGGAAGUAGCCAGGGCAUUGUUUGAGGCUCAGCUACAACUUAAGAUGCUCCGCGGCGAAUUUAUUGUAAACUUGAAAUUUGGCGCGAAUUUGGUGUUCAUUUCAAACAAUGAUCAAUUUAGACAAUAUGUAACUUCUCCUGGAAUGGCUGUGGUACUAUUUACCAACAGGGCAGCAAACAAACAAGUACUUCUAGUGUUGGAGCAAAUUAGCAAGAGAUUCCCAUCAGUGAAUUUCCUCAAGGUGGAGAUUGAGGACCAUCCCUACUUGGCAAAAUCAGAAGCUGUGAACUCUAUUCCAGCUUUCAAAAUAUACAAGAAUGGAUCAAGGGUAAAAGAAAUUUCUGGAAAAAACCAUGAUUUAUUAGAAAAAUCAGUUCAAUUGUAUAGCGGCUGAAGAUAACACCUCUUCAAUAGGAAUAUGCUGAGGAAACAGAGUAUCAUAGAAAACAAUAAUUCAAAAUGGGAAAUUCUUUGUGUACUGAUAGAUUCUUUUAUUAAUAUUUGAGAGCUUUAUAAUCAA